AUGAGCCACGUUACCGAGAGCAACCCAAUAGCGUGGACACAGACAUCCGGUACAGCAACAGAUUAUGCUCUAACAUUACCACCAGGCAGUUUCCCUCUUGUCGACAAAAGCUUCUUCGCCGGCUGCCGAAAAAGCGCAAGCAACAAUGACGAGUGUGUGGUGCAAGUAAGUGUCAAGGCCAGAACCUCAACCGUGAACGACGGUGUUCUCACUUGCGCCUACGGCACAGACAGCAACAAAUCUGUACCGGAAGUAACACUGAACUCCGAGAACAACUCCCUGACCAUCCACUGCGGCGAUGAGGGACAGAUGGAGCCGCCUCAGCAAUCUAUGACUCCCUACCACUGCGUCGGCUCCAACACAGAUGAGUGCAGGAUCGUGAACCUGACUGAGAUCAUGCCGGCCUUCGCAUCGAGUUGGUGGACAACGGAUACGAACGACGGUGACGCGCCUAAACUCGUGAUUCCUGAAGAAGGAUUUCCUGUUCUGGGAGGCACGAUUGUUCUGGGAUGCAACCAAAAGAAUACGGGGGGUUCGAGAGAUGAGCCAGGUGGUCAAGCCACAGCUGCAGCUCUGCCGACAUGCAGAGUGAAGGUGACACUUGGUGCGAAUACGUCCGGUUCACACGCCCCAAAUGUUUCCUUCCACAGAUUCUUCGGUCUGGUAUCAGUUCCGCUCGUCCUGUUUGCCACAUACUGA